AUGAGUAGCAAGAAGGCAUUAGCUGCUAUUCAGACAAUGAAAAUCAUCUAUGGUUCACAAGGAAGACAAAAUAUUCUUCCUUACCAUUAUCUUGGUAUGGUUUAUCGUACUCCAUGGCGUUUUUGGUAUUCGAACUCGCAAGUGUUUCGAUGGUUCUCACGUAUCAUGCUAGUUGCUUUUACUGCAUCAAUCUACUUACCAUUACGAGGGGUUGAUUUAUCGUAUACACCCUAUACAAUCGUUCACCAUCAACUCGAUCAUAAAUUUGGACACUGGAUCGAAGAAAUGCGUUAUCCAGUCGAUCAACAACGAGUGGAAGAAUACAAGAAACAACAUGGAUUGAAAUAG